UGCACGUGCACGUUGCCAGCAUACGUCAUGGCGGCUAGACUCCUCUUCGGUGCUACCCGGAGCUGGACCGGCUGGCGGGCCUGGGAGCUUCCAGACCGCGCGGCUUCUGUAAGACUACAUGUACGCGAUUAUGCCAAGAGACCGGUUUUUAAGGGGGGCAAAGGCGGCAAAGGUGCUGCGGUGGGAGAGACCCUGAAGGACCCUGAGGUGUGUACAGACCCAGUCCGGCUCACCACGCACGCCAUGGGUGUCAACAUCUACAAGGAGGGCCAGGAUGUGGUCCUGAAGCCGGAUUCCGAGUACCCCGAGUGGCUGUUCCAGAUGAAUGUGGGCCCCCCCAAGAAGCUGGAGGAGCUGGACCCAGAGACCCGGGAGUACUGGCGGCUGCUCCGGAAACACAACAUCUGGCGCCACAACCGGCUGAGCAAGAACCAGAAGUUCUAGCUGGGGAGGGCCAGAGCUCUCUAAAAGGACACUGACCCUCCAAGGACCUGGAGGAGACAGGACAGAUUGCAGGGUGGGGGGGAGUUGGUACCUCCCCCAGCCUGCCCCCAGGACUUUUUAUUUUCUGGAGAAGCAGACGUUUCUGAGAACAGAGGAGAAUACCCCCUCACUGGGGUUGCCCCCAGGGUGAGACUAAAUCAGGGCCCUGGGAACUAAUAAAGCCUUCUGGGGACAAUUA